AUGAGCAUCCCCACAGCCGUUCCUCCACCCCCCGUCCCCUGCGGCUUCCAAGGCAAGGGGGGCCGAAGCAAGCGCGACGCCAACAUGCUCAAGUACGGCACGCCUCUUCCGAUUCUCCUCCCUUCUUCUCCCUUACACCCCAACACAACCUCGCGGGUGGGGCACAUCGUGGACCCUACGACCCUCAAAGAGCAAGGGCACAUUAUUGCGGGCCUCGGUGUACGCAACAGAUUGGUCGUCCCCGCCAUCGUGGGUGUGCUGGACGCGGACACGGGCAGUGUUUGGGUGGAGGGAGAGGGGAUGGAGGUCUUGUUCAACCGCGGUUUCUUUGGGAAAGGGACGCUGAGCCGGAGUGAUCCCAGUUGGCGAAAGCGGCGGGUCGAGUUGGUGCGCGGUGGCGAUGCCGUCGUCGCUGAACAGCUACGUGAAAAACGGCGUCUCGAUCGCAAGCAGUUCAAGAUUGACCGUGCGGCGGCCAUGCUCGACGCGGCCAAGAAGGCCGAGGCGGUAUUGACGACGGGGCAGAUGCCUGGCGACGCGACGCCUAACGAAGCUGCCGAAGGAGACGCCCAAGGAGAGGCUGAAGGGGAGGACGAGAACGAGGAUGAGAACGCCGACGCCGACGCCGACGACAUUGACCGCCCAGCCUCCCCCGCGCCGAGCACAAUUACAAACAUUCUCCCCGACGGAACCAAGCUCAACGCGCAGACGUUCCUCGUGCGUCCUCAACGUCCCGAGAGUGCGGGUAACAACCGCAAUCGGGGAAAGUUUAAACGCCGCCCGCCUCCCAACAAGAACUUUGUCCCCCCCGUCAAGGAGGAGAAAGAAGAGAUGCCAGCCGAGAAGCCUACCGUCCCGACCGAAGAGUGGGAGGAGGACGAGGACGCUCUCGCCCUCGUUCCCCAAAUGGAACACCUCCAACUCUGUCUAGAAGAGGCGUGGUUCCUCUCCGCCAUUGGGGUGCUCAAGAUCCGUGAUGAGUCUGGCAUCAUCCCCAACGUCCUUCCCCGGCUCAUCACCCCCUUUCCCUCUCCCUCUCCUGCUUCUAAGGGGACGCUCUACCCCGACGACCCGUUCCUCGUGUCCUACGCCGCGUACCACCACUAUCGCUCGCUUGGGUGGUGCGUGCGCCACGGUAUCAAGUUUGCCGUCGACUGGCUGCUUUAUCGCCGCGGACCGGUUUUCUCACACUCGGCAUUCUCGGUCCUUAUCAUUCCUGUUUAUAUGGAUGAGGAUGACCGGAAGGGGCCGCACGGUGGUACCGACUGGUAUGCGGAGAAGACUAGCUGGAAGUGGAUCAACACUGUGAUGCGGGUUAACAGUUUGGUGCAGAAGACCGUCAUCCUCGCCUACGUGACCAUUCCAGCGCUCAGCUCGUUCCCCGACUCGGCGCGACUCCCUAGUGGAGGCCUGGACUCGCGCAAGUUCGACAUGCGUUCCCUCAUGAGCCGCUACACCGUCCGCGAGGUCAGUCUGACACGUUUCAGCGCGGCGCGGCGGCGCGACUAG